AUGGCGGAGGUGAAGGAAGAGAGUAAAUCCAGUAGCGAGGAGAGUGUGAAGCUCUUCGUGGGUCAAGUGCCGAAACACAUGACGGAGGAUGAAGUGCUUGCAAUGUUCAAGGAGUUCGCGUUGGUUGACGAGGUCAACAUCAUCAGGGACAAAGUUUCUCGUGCCUCCCGAGGUUGCUGCUUUGUGAUUUGUCCCUCCAGGGAAGAAGCGGAUAAGGCGGUCAAUGCCUGUCACAACAAGAAAACGCUUCCUGGGGCUUCCAGUCCGUUGCAAGUGAAGUAUGCAGAUGGUGAAUUGGAAAGAUUGGAACACAAACUCUUUAUUGGCAUGCUUCCAAAGAAUAUUUCUGAAGAUGAGGUCUCUGAUCUUUUCUCAAAGCAUGGGACAAUAAAGGAUUUACAGAUUUUAAGAGGUUCUCAGCAGACAAGUAAAGGAUGUGCAUUUUUGAAGUAUGAAACCAAAGAACAGGCCGUUGCUGCUCUUGAGGCAAUCAAUGGAAAGCAUACAAUGGAGGGUUCAAGUGUUCCUUUGGUUGUUAAGUGGGCAGAUACUGAAAAGGAAAGACAAGCUCGAAGGGCUCAAAAAGCACAGUCCCAAGUUUCUAACGUACCACAUGCUGAUCCUCAACAACCCUCACUAUAUGGAGCCUUGCCAAUGGGUUAUGUUCCUCCAUAUAAUGGAUACGGUUAUCAGGCUCCUGGGGGUUUUGGGCUCAUGCCGUACCGUUUUCCACCAAUGCAGAAUCAACCAGGUUUUCAUAAUAUGAACAUGAACCAAGUAAAUGCAGUGAGGCCCGAUCAUGGUCACAGUUUGAACCCUAGAAAUUAUCCUGCGCCUCCUGCAAGUUACAUUGGCUCUUAUCCUGCCAUGCCAGGUAUGCAGCAUCCAAUGGUAUAUCCCAGAGGAAUUGUAAGUCCGAGGCCAGUGAGUGGUUCUCUUGGUUCCGUUUCACCUGGAGGCGGGAAUAGCAACUAUUCAUCACCAGGUGCCACUAAAAGUUCCAAUGGUCAGAUUGAAGGACCACCGGGUGCCAAUUUAUUUAUUUAUCACAUACCUCAAGAAUAUGGAGACCAAGAGCUUGCAAAUGCAUUUCAACAGUUUGGUAGAGUUUUGAGUGCCAAAAUUUUUGUUGAUAAAGCAACUGGUGUAAGCAAAUGUUUUGGGUUUGUUAGUUACGAUACCCCAGAAGCUGCUCAAGCUGCCAUUAGUACGAUGAAUGGUUGUCAAUUAGGUGGUAAGAAAUUAAAGGUUCAGCUUAAGAGGGAUAACAAACAGAGUAGUGGUACAGUAGUUGGUGGGGCCAGGUAUUCUGGUUAA